UAUUGCGGUUCUGCUCUUCAACAAAAAUGAAUCCAGACCGCAGUUGGAUGUAUACGAGGCAUGACAGAGGCUUCCUGCCGCCAGAUUUUUUCCCUAAUCUUGAAGAGUUCGUGAAUUUUGCUGUACAACAUCCCGAGUGUAUGAGUGGGGAAGAGAUAAAAUGCCCAUGUUCUAGGACAAAAUGUAGAAAUACGAAUUUUCGAGAUGUCGAAGUUGUGAAACUACAUGUCUUGCAGUCUGGGUUUGUUCCAGAUUACUAUGUUUGGAUUCACCACGGUGAGGUGAAUGUCCCUCCUGUAGUUCAGCAGCCGGCUAAUGAAUACGAUUACUAUAAUGAGGGAGGGGGAGAUUUAAACUCUGGUUAGAGAAUGGUUAUUGAUGCUGUUGGUCCCGAAGUUUUUGAGGAAGAGACCCCGAAUGACGAAG